CAUGCAUUAACUUGAGAAAAAAAAUGUUGAACAUUUUCCACAAAUCACCCUGGGAAAAUAGACGUUUAGGUGAAAAUGGGCAAAUGCUGUCACACUAGCUGAGAAUGGAAAGAGUUUCAUCACCAACAACAGCUGAAUGGAAAAAAUGAUUCAUCCACGAGACAUCAAAAGCUUCAAAACUCAACCCUCUUCAACUAGAGAUACUGCCAAAGAAUAUUUCAUUGACAUAGAGAAUCACACCUUCAAACACUCUGAAACACAAAAACCUCCCGAAGUCACUCUGUAUCUGAGAAGUAGCUUCCGAAGUGCACAGACCCAGCUAACAUCGGGGAAUCAAACCGGCGACAACAGGAUAGAAAAUACUAGAAUAGAAAAAAAAACACCGCUUCCUAGUGUGAAGGACAACUUUCUUAGCAUUGGCAUAAUAAGAGAGAGAGGAAGAGAGAGAGAGAGAGUGUCACUCCUUUGCCACAAAGCUCCAUUACCACGUGCAUCUCGAGCUUUGUUCGACCUCCAAUGUUCAUCACUGAAAGAUUCUAAGUGAUCAGAACUGAAACGAUUUUCAGACCAGCAUUUUCCCCAUCCUGUAGAUCUCAGCUUCCCCGAGCAAGUUUCAUCGGUACCCACAUGCAAAGUGCCACAGAAUCUAGGCCGAAAUUAUCAGUGAGAAUUCCACGCACAGUGAACCUUACACGAAUCAUUCGUCAGUAAUUCGUUUAUUGAGGCAUCUAUCACCUCGUCCAUAUUCUUCCGUGUCUUACUCCCACGUUAUAAAUGCACAGCUCUUGCUUUGCCCAGCAACCUCUCAGCAAUCGCUCAUCGGUCAAGGACCCGUGCUGAGCUGAGCUGUAAGAGAGUUCCCUCGCCCUCUCCAUAGAGCUUAUUAUGAGAUCUCUGACAGUGCAAUCUUUUAAUUUUCGCUCUCCGUUUUACACGUGCUGCCCGUGGCCUCUGCCCAUACACCGCCCGUGAAGAGGGUAAUCGUCAGUUAGUCAGUCCAGAGUGAGGGCAGCAUUAGGAGAGCAGAAGAUCUGCUGUCAAUCAGGUCCCCGCUUGGAAUUCACCUUUUUGGUCUCUACAUAAGAAGUGACGGGGGAGGAAUUUGAGCGGCCAGUCGUUUACUCCCUCCCCCACACUAUUGAAAUUGUUGAGAGGAAAAGAAGACGAGAGUGAUUUUUCGGUCAGGCCAGGGAACAAGCGAUUCGAUUCGAGUGACAUAUACGCGAUUUGUUCCUUCACCUUUUGGCUUCGCCGUGCGCAAUUGCAGGCGAGGAUUUCGAGCGGUAAAUUGGGCAGGCCGGGGGUCAUCAUUUUCUCAAUACCCAGCGCUUGAGAAUUGCGUCAGACUUUUGAUGCUUGUUUCCCUGGAAUGGAAGAGGUGCAUGGGCUGACAGGGGAUUGACAGAGGGUCGUGUGAGCAUCUUGGCAUUUGCUGCAUGCUGUCGUCGUUGCCCCGGAGGUGGUUUCGAGUUGACUCGCGAGUGCCCGUUAAAGAGAAGGGCUGUGGGGUCGGUGAACUCUGUGAGGAUUUGUAUUCCGGAGAGGAGAGUGAGAAGCGGUAGGUGAGGUUUUGCUGUCCAGAAGGAGGUGGAGCUAGGCUCGUCAGGCUUGUCACUGUGGGACGGACGGGAGAAGCCGAAGGCGCCUGGGCUAGCGGAUUUUCUCGGGCACGAGUCAGGAACUGCAGCAAUUUGUGAACUAUGGGUGGAGGCGAUGAUUCGACCUUUGAUCCGAAACAGGGGCUCCGCAUUCUGGACUUCUCUAAUCCGAACAAGGUGGAGCUAGCGAAGACCUUACGGAAAGCCUGCAUUGACGAUGGGUUCUUGUACCUGACCAAUCAUGGGAUUGACGAGAAGCUUUUAGAUGAUGCGCUAGUGGACAUUAAAAGGUUCUUUGACCUGCCAAUGGAAGAGAAAAUGAAAUGUCUACACGAUAAGAAUCAUAGGGGUUAUACACUAUUUGCAGAAGAGAUCUUGGAUCUUGUAAACCAAAAGGAAGGGGACACUAAGGAGGGGUAUUACGUCGGAUGGGAUGUUCCUGAGGAUCAUCCAAUGGCAAGCAAGCCAUUGCACGGCCCAAACCAGUGGCCCUCUGAAGAAGUUUUACCUGGAUGGAGAUCUGCGAUGGAAAAGUACUACUUUGAAUUCUUGAAGCUUGGGCACAGAGUGGCGUCUUUAAUUGCGUUGGCCCUGGAAUUGAGGCCUGAUUUUUUUGAGAAGAUGUUCACUACACCAAUGGCGGCAAUGCGACCGCUCCAUUACGAAGCUAUUCACUCGAAGCCAGAAGAGGGAAUAUUUGGCUCUGGAGCUCACUCAGACUAUGGGUUGCUUACAAUACUCCUGACAGACGAAACUGGGGGUCUGCAGAUCUGUAAAGACAAAUUUGCAAAGCCUCAGGUUUGGGAAGAUGUACCUCCGAUAAAAGGGGCACUUAUCGUGAACCUGGGAGAUAUGUUAGAGAGAUGGACCAAUGGCCUAUUCCGAUCCACUUUGCACCGGGUCUUGACUAAGGGAGUGGAUCGCUAUUCAAUGGCCUACUUCUAUGAUCCCAACUUCGAUACCAUGGUGGAGUGCCUGCCAACUUGUUGCUCGGCCAGUAAUCCCGCCCGGUAUGCUCCCAUGACAUCUGGAGAGCAUCUUCUAAAAAUGUACCACAAAACUGAUAAGAGCUUCGACGUUACAGCAAAGCCUCAUGGUUUCGACGAUCUGCCCACUUCCAACUCACAGAAGAACGAGCUUUGAUACGUCAAAGCCCACACGAGCAAGUCCAUUAAUUUUUCUCUGUGGAUUUGGUCGAGCGAUGCAAAUCUGAAAACUGUAAACACUUUCAGAGACCUUACAGUGACCACUUGCCCGCCUUGUAUAUAUUGAAUGAUGAUGUAUUAAUGUGAUAUAGAAAGUGGUGUUCUUCUGAGCAGCUCUACUGUCCGGCUUUAUCAAGCCAAGGGCUUUUUUUUACAACUCACACCUUCAUGCGUUCGGGAGUCUUGCAUCCAGUAUCCAUGGUUUUCAUUCGGAGACGAUGCUACAAAUUGUUGGCAACAACGGUACGAGCGAGACCCAGCCCAUCGUAGCGGUAGGGAGCCGAUAGCACGCUACUCGGUCCGCUCUCCUACAGCAUUCGUUUCUUGUAUUUACCUCAGGAAAUAUUUACGAGUGUUGUCAGGAACGAUGUCAAAGUGUCCAGCACAGUUCGAUCCGAUCCGACUGAUUUAGCGAACAGGGUGCAUCUAACCGACAGGUGACUGUAUUUCCGAGCUACGAUGCAUCAGUUGUCAUCGCUUUACCAAUGGAAUUGUUUGCACAAUCCUUCAGCGCAUUGUACACUACCGUGUGUAGAGUCUGUAGUCCCAUAUGUUCCGGGCUUCAUAAAAAUUAUAAAACUCGAAUGUUUCUAUUUUUGUAAGUUAUGCCAUGUAAGUAGGACUUUAUUACAGGCUCUGUUUCUAGACCCUGUUUCUCUGUACUUUAGAUUCGGAUCUAAAACGUAAACUCUGAUUAGCCGAUCAGAUGGGAUGCAUUUUGUUCACUUAAGACUGAUGUUAGAAUACAGAACGCAACUUGAGGGGAAUUGAGGUUACCUUGUAAUAUUUUCACACGAACUCUACCAGCCUUA